AUGGAGCAAGACGAUCAAGAACUGACCAGGGCCCUUGGACAAGCAGCUGGAAGGAUGGAUCAUGGAGACUUGGAGGAAAGCGACACACCAGGAGGGCAGGAAGGGGGAGGGGUGGCUCCUCUCAUCGGAAAGGGGUGUGUGCAUAACGCCCAUGUGCUUGCUCUUGACUUGCCCCCUCUCUCAGUACGGAUUACCUUACGAAGUAUCCUGAUCAUGGCACUCAUGCCACAAAUGCGAUUCCACUGUGAGAGUGGUGGUGACAUUGGCUGGUGGUGCGGCGGAAGCAGUCUAGACUUCCAGGCCACCUCAGAACCCAGGCCCUCGGUCUUUCAACACUUCAUUAACACGGAAUUGAUUGGACAGCAACAUCUGACGGUUGCGGCCGUUCUUCUGUUGUUCUCCUCUUGCUUCUACGCUUCUACGUUUCUCCCCUCGCCUCCGCCUGGUGAAGCACCACUCAGUGUCAGGAGCGACGACAAGAUGCAGAGUGGCAUCCGUCGGCUCGGGUGCGCUGGGCCUUCUCCAGCUGUUGGUUGGUUCGCAGGCGUGUAG